ACAUUCUUAAACUAAGUUCAAGUCAACAUAGGUCAAACAAAUCAAAACGGAAAGGAUACUUUAUUUUUUUUUUUUAUAUAUAAAUGAUACAACCUUGCACAAUAGUGUUGCUGUGUCUAUCAAUAGUUUCUAUUGGCAAAUGGAACCAUCAAUUAGUACAAUUUUUUCUUAUGCUGUCCUCUCAGUCCUUUCUGUUCUCAUUUUGCAUGCCAUUGUGUCCAAAUUAUUCUGUCGUGGUCCGCCGUCCCCUCUAGCUUUACCCAUAAUCGGACAUCUCCAUCUCCUUAGUCCCUCUAUUCAUCAUACUCUUCACAAAUUCUAUCACCGUUACGGUCCGUUAUUUCAACUGUAUAUCGGACAUCAAUCAUGUUUCGUGGCUUCCACACCUCAACUAGCAAAAGAAUUCCUUAAAAACAACGAAGUAGUCUUUUCAUAUCGACACACUUCACCCGCCAUUACGAAACUAACGUACAAUGUUUCUUUCGCCUUUUCGCCCUUAGGGCCGUACUGGAAAUUCAUUAAGAAAUUAGCUUCAAGCGAGCUCUUGAGCGCGCAUAACUUGAACUAUUUUCGGCCCCUUAGAGCGCCAGAAAUAACGCGAUUCGUACAAAAUUUGAUGAAUAAAGCGGAAGCUAAUGAGACAGUGAAUUUGACGAAGGAGUUGUUGAAAUUGACUAGCAAUAUUAUUUCACAAAUGAUGAUGAGUUCACGGUGUGCGGAGAAUGAUAAGGAAGCUGCGGAGGUCAUUGAAGUUGUAACGGAAGUUACGGAGAUUUUUGGAAUAUUUGAUGUAGCUGAUGUUAUAGGAUUUGGAGGGUGGUUUGAUUUUCAAGGGAUAAAGAAGAGGGCUCGUAAUACACAUAAAAAAUAUGAUGCUUUGCUUGAUAAGUUUAUAACAGAAAGGAAAAGAUUAAGAAAUGAGAGGAAAUUGGACGAAUCAAAAGGUGAGGCUGCAGGAAAGGACCUGUUGGACUUGUUGCUUGAUGUUAUGGAGAGUGAGACAACAAAAUCUGAGGUGAAAUUAACUGGAAAUCACAUAAAGGCAUUGAUCUUAGAUUUCCUCACUGCCGCGACAGAUACAACAGCAAUUACUCUAGAAUGGGCCAUAGCGGAGCUCACCAACAAUCCAAGAGUCCUCAGAAAAGCACAACAAGAGAUUGAUAAUGUCAUCGGAAAGCAACGACUAGUAGGAGAAUUAGAUGCUCCAAAUCUUCCAUACAUCCAAGCAAUCAUCAACGAAACACUUCGUCUUCACCCACCUAUUCCUUUGAUCAUAAGAGAAUCACGUGAAGAUUGCAAAGUGCAAGGAUAUCAAAUUCCCAGUGGAUCACUAUUGUUUGUCAACAUUUGGUCCAUUGGAAGAAACCCAGAGGUUUGGGAGAAGCCAAUGGAGUUUCGGCCAGAGAGAUUCUUAGAGCCCAGAGAGGGAGGACCAAUAGAUGUAAAAGGACAUUGCUUUGAGUUGUUGCCUUUUGGGGCAGGAAGAAGGGGUUGUCCUGGUAUGCCUCUAGCCUUGAGAGAGUUACCUGUUGUGCUUUCAGCUAUAAUUCAGUGUUUUGAGUGGAAAGCAAUUGAUUCAAAUGGAGAAAUAAUACGUAAUGGAGUUGAUAUGACUGAACGGCCUGGACUAACAGCUCCAAGACUUCAAGAUAUGAGGUGCCUUUUGGUACCACGAGUUGAUCGAUUUGCAACGUAUGAUUCGUGAAUCAUCAUCUUUGAAAUGAUCGAUGAUGCAUGGCAUCAGUGAAUGCAGAGCGUUCUCUGCAGCUGCCAUUACCAAGAAGGAGAAUUGUAACAUGCAAAAAGAUCAUUAGAUUUUUCUCAGUCGAUGAGUGGUGUCGGAGAUGUUAAUCAAAUAAAAGUGUAGUUUCUGUUAGUGCUACGUUGGAUUCAGGAGUACUAUUUUUUACUUAUAUGUUGUAAUUUCAUUUUUUUACUUCGCCUUUAAUUUGAUUCUUUUUUUUAACCA